CACCUCCGCCUCCGCCGCCGCCGCCGCUGCUGGACAAGGAGCAGGGGAACAUGGCGCCGGGGCCGCCGUCCCCGCGGCCGGGAUCCCGGAGGCCGGGGCCGCGCUGAGGGAGCAGGCUGGAAGACAUGGUGGCUGUUCAGCCAUGAGAAGUGGUGAAAAGUGACCUCAUCCUGGUACACAGCCACCAUGGGACCUGACCUUUCUGCUGCUCGGGCGGCCAGUCCCCCCGAUGAGAUCCGGAGGUGGUGAGGCCAGUGGGGGGUACUAACCUGAUCUCGGACGUGGCUGACUGUGGCAGGAUGUGUCGACGAUGAUGAUGGCAAGAAAGCAAGAUGUCCGCAUUCCCACCUACAACAUCAGUGUGGUGGGAUUGUCCGGGACGGAGAAGGAGAAAGGCCAGUGCGGCAUUGGGAAGUCCUGUCUGUGCAACCGCUUCGUGCGCCCCAGUGCCGACGAGUUUCACCUGGACCACACCUCCGUCCUCAGCACCAGCGACUUUGGGGGGCGAGUGGUCAACAAUGACCACUUUCUGUACUGGGGAGAAGUUAGCCGCUCCCUGGAGGACUGUGUGGAGUGCAAGAUGCACAUUGUGGAGCAGACUGAGUUUAUUGAUGAUCAGACCUUCCAGCCUCAUCGGAGCACGGCCCUGCAGCCCUAUAUCAAGAGAGCUGCAGCGACCAAGCUCGCCUCCGCCGAGAAACUCAUGUACUUUUGCACUGACCAGCUGGGGCUGGAGCAGGACUUUGAGCAGAAACAGAUGCCCGACGGAAAGCUGCUGGUGGACGGCUUCCUGCUUGGUAUCGAUGUGAGCCGGGGCAUGAACAGGAACUUUGAUGACCAGCUCAAAUUUGUUUCCAAUCUCUACAAUCAGCUUGCAAAAACAAAAAAGCCCAUAGUCGUGGUCCUGACCAAGUGUGACGAGGGUGUCGAGCGGUACAUUCGGGAUGCACAUACUUUUGCCUUAAGCAAAAAGAACCUCCAGGUUGUGGAGACCUCAGCGAGAUCCAAUGUCAACGUGGACCUGGCUUUCAGCACCUUAGUGCAACUGAUUGAUAAAAGUCGGGGGAAGACCAAAAUAAUUCCCUACUUUGAAGCUCUCAAGCAGCAGAGUCAACAGAUAGCCACGGCAAAGGACAAGUAUGAGUGGCUGGUGAGUCGCAUUGUGAAGAACCACAAUGAGAACUGGCUGAGCGUGAGCCGCAAGAUGCAGGCCUCCCCGGAGUACCAGGACUACGUGUACCUGGAGGGCACCCAGAAGGCCAAGAAGCUCUUCCAGCAGCACAUCCACCGCCUCAAGCAGGAGCACAUUGAGCGCAGGCGGAAGCUGUACCUGGCAGCCCUGCCUCUGGCCUUUGAAGCCCUCAUCCCCAAUCUCGACGAGGUGGAUCACCUGAGCUGCAGCAAGGCCAAGAAACUCUUAGAAACCAAGCUGGAAUUCCUCAAGUGGUUCGUUGUACUCGAGGAGACCCCGUGGGACGCCACCAGCCACAUUGACAACAUGGAAAACGAGCGGAUUCCCUUUGACUUGCUAGACACCGGGCCGGCAGAGCAGCUGUACGAGGCCCACCUGGAGAAGCUGAGGAACGAGAGGAAGCGGGCUGAGAUGCGAAGGGCCUUCAAGGAGAACCUGGAGAGCUCGCCUUUCGUAACUCCUGGCAAGCCGUGGGAGGAGGCCCGCAGCUUCAUCAUGAACGAGGACUUCUACCAAUGGCUGGAAGAGUCUGUGUACAUGGAGAUAUACGGCAAACACCAAAAGCAAAUUAUUGACAAAGCAAAGGAAGACUUUCAGGAGUUGCUGUUGGAAUACUCGGAACUGUUCUACGAGCUGGAGCUCGAUGCCAAGCCCAGCAAGGAGAAGAUGGGCGUCAUCCAGGAUGUGCUGGGCGAGGAGCAGCGCUUCAAAGCGCUGCAGAAGCUGCAGGCAGAGCGCGACGCCCUCAUCUUGAAGCACAUUCAUUUUGUGUACCACCCGACCAAGGAGACCUGCCCCUGCUGCCCGGCUUGUGUCGAUGCCAAGAUCGAGCAGUUGGUUAGUUCUCGGUUUAUCCGACCCUCAGACCGCAAUCAGAAAAAUUCCCUCUCUGACCCCAACAUUGAUAGGAUCAACUUGGUUAUUCUGGGCAAGGAUGGCCUUGCCCGGGAACUGGCCAAUGAAAUUCGAGCUCUUUGUACAAAUGAUGACAAGUACGUAAUUGAUGGCAAAAUGUAUGAGCUGUCCCUGAGGCCCAUCGAGGGGAACGUGAGGCUCCCUGUGAACUCCUUCCAGACGCCAACGUUUCAGCCCCACGGCUGUCUCUGCCUUUACAACUCCAAGGAGUCACUGUCCUACGUCGUGGAGAGCAUAGAGAAGGGCAGGGAGUCCACACUUGGCAGGCGGGACAGCCACCUGGUCCAUCUGCCCCUGACGCUCAUUUUGGUCAACAAGAGGGGCGACCCCAGUGGGGAGACCCUGCACAGCUUAGUACAACAGGGUCAGCAGAUUGCCAGCAAGCUGCAGUGUGUCUUUCUCGACCCUGCUUCUGCUGGCAUUGGGUACGGACGCAACAUCAAUGAAAAGCAAAUCAGCCAAGUUUUGAAGGGCCUGCUGGACUCUAAACGCAACUUGAACCUGGUCAGCUCUACUGCCAGCAUCAAAGACUUGGCUGACAUUGACCUGCGGAUUGUCAUGUGUCUAAUGUGUGGGGAUCCUUUCAGUGCCGAUGACAUACUGUUUCCUGUCCUUCAGUCUCAAACCUGUAAGUCUUCCCAUUGUGGAAGCAGCAACUCCGUGUUACUUGAACUCCCAGUCGGAUUGCACAAGAAGCGCAUUGAACUGUCCAUGCUCUCAUACCAUUCCUCCUUUAGCAUCAGAAAGAGCAGGCUGGUUCAUGGCUACAUUGUCUUUUAUUCAGCCAAAAGGAAGGCCUCCUUGGCUAUGCUACGUGCCUUUCUCUGUGAAGUGCAGGAUAUUAUCCCCGUGCAGCUGGUAGCGCUCACUGAUGGCGCCAUCGAUGUCCUGGACAAUGACUUAAGUCGGGAGCAGCUGACCGAGGGGGAGGAGAUUGCGCAGGAAAUUGAUGGAAAGUUCACGAGCAUCCCCUGUAGCCAACCCCAGCAUAAACUUGACAUCUUUCACCCAUUCUUUAAAGAUGUGGUCGAAAAAAAGAACAUAAUUGAGGCCACUCACAUGUAUGACAAUGUCGCCGAGGCCUGCAGCACCACGGAAGAAGUGUUCAACUCCCCCCGGGCAGGCUCGCCGCUCUGCAACUCCAACCUGCAGGAUUCGGAAGAGGACAUCGAACCCCCAUCUUAUGGCCUGUUUCGAGAAGACACUUCCCUGACCUCCCUGAACAAGGACCCGUGCAAGCUCUCCAUGGAGCUGGAGGGGAAUGACGGGCUGUCCUUCAUCGUGAGCAGCUUUGAAAGUAAGCUCAACAACAAGGUACCUCCGCCAGUCAAACCAAAGCCACCUGUCCAUUUUGAAAUGACGAAGGGGGAGCUGUCCUACUUAGAUCAAGGCCAUCGGGACGGACAGAGGAGGUCUGUGUCUUCCAGCCCCUGGCUGCCUCAGGAUGGCUUUGACCCAUCUGACUAUGCUGAGCCCAUGGAUGCCGUGGUGAAGCCUAGAAACGAGGAAGAAAACAUCUACUCGGUGCCCCACGACAGCACCCAGGGCAAGAUCAUCACCAUCCGUAACAUCAACAAGGCCCAGUCCAACGGCAGCGGGAACGGCUCCGAUAGCGAGAUGGACACCAGUUCCCUGGAGCGAGGCCGCAAGGUGUCGAUGGUGAGCAAACCCGUGUUGUACAGGACCAGAUGCAGCCGGCUGGGCAGGUUCGCGAGCUACCGCACCAGCUUCAGCGUCGGGAGUGAUGAUGAGCUGGGGCCCAUUCGGAAGAAAGAAGAGGACCAGGCGUCCCAGGGCUACAAAGGGGACAAUGCUGUCAUUCCGUAUGAGACGGAUGAAGACCCGAGGAGGAGGAAUAUCCUCCGCAGCCUGAGGAGGAACACUAAGAAACCAAAGCCCAAGUCCAGGCCAUCCAUCACCAAGGCAACCUGGGAGAGUAACUAUUUUGGGGUGCCCCUAACAACCGUCGUGACUCCAGAGAAGCCAAUCCCCAUUUUUAUUGAAAGAUGCAUUGAGUACAUUGAAGCCACAGGGCUGAGCACGGAGGGGAUCUACCGGGUCAGCGGGAACAAGUCGGAGAUGGAGAGUCUGCAGAGGCAGUUCGACCAGGACCACAACCUGGACUUGGCAGAGAAAGACUUCACUGUGAACACUGUGGCCGGGGCCAUGAAGAGUUUCUUCUCGGAGCUGCCGGACCCGCUGGUCCCGUACAACAUGCAGAGCGACCUGGUAGAGGCACACAAAAUCAACGACCGGGAGCAGAAGUUACAUGCCCUUAAGGAGGUGUUAAAGAAAUUUCCAAAGGAAAACCAUGAAGUCUUCAAAUACGUCAUCUCUCACCUGAACAAGGUCAGCCACAACAACAAGGUGAACCUCAUGACCAGCGAGAACCUGUCCAUCUGCUUCUGGCCCACGCUGAUGCGGCCGGACUUCAGCACCAUGGACGCGCUCACGGCCACGCGCACCUACCAGACCAUCAUGGAGCUCUUCAUCCAGCAGUGCCCCUUCUUCUUCUACAAUCGGCCCAUCAGUGAGCCGCCCGGGGCACUGCCCGGCUCGCCCGCGGCCGCUGCACCCACCGGCCCCUUCCUCACCUCCACACCCAUUGCCAGUCCACCGUCACCCCCCCAGUCGCCCCCGCCCACCCCUCAGUCCCCUCUGCAGCCCCUGCUCCCAUCCCAGCUCCAGGCUGAACACACGCUCUGAGCCCCCCGGGCCGCGGGUGCUGGAGCAGCGGGCUUCUCUCUGCCGGGGUGAGCAUCCGGCCUUGAACAAGACCAAGUCCCCUGGGGCAGGGCCAAGGGCCCCUGUUCCCCUCCCCAGCUCCGCAAGACCUCAGUGGGAGCAGCAGUCCCCAGAGCUGGGCUGUCGGGCACCAAGCCCAGUACCCCAGUCUGGAGGCUGAGUGGAGCCCUGUGAGGAGCGGACCAGCACAGGGGCAGCCCAGGUGCCUGUGCUUCACGGGGGGGUGCCCCCCGACCCUGGGCCUAUGGAGCCCCUGCUCCAAGGGGCUGGGGCACUUCCCGUCCUUCCCUGUGCUCGCUGCCCCCACAGGAAGGGCCCUGGGGACCCCUCAAGGUACAGGCUGGCAUUCCCGCCCAGUGGACAAGAGCAGCGGGACACAGCUGGACCAGGGUGCAGCCCCUUGUCACAGGCUUCCUUCUGGAGACGUUCCUGGGUAACCACGGAAACUGGAAGCAAAACAGAAGCCCUCCAGUCACUAAAAGAAAAAAAAAAAAGGAACCAACUGUACACCCCUGGCCUCUCCACUUGUGCUGGGAGGCCAACAGGUGGAGGGGGGCUGUCUGACAGCACCACGGGGUACCCUGUCACCAAAGCCCCCUCCCAUAGAAGGUGGUGUGAGCCAGGGGCAUGCGGGGGACAGGCAGAAGAGCGUGGGUGCUGGGUGCCAGCCUUCCAACACACUACAUGGUUAUUGAAACACUACAUGGACUGUUGUGCGUGCGCAGAGGAUGCAGACAGCCGAAGGGGUCCACUGGGGUGGUCGAGUGGGUUCCUUUGAUCCAGGCCCUGGAGGCCACCUGAGGGUACAUGGGGACGCCUCUCAUGGUCCUAGGGCCAGCAAGCCCACCUGUCCCCAGUGCCACCCCUUGGAUGGCCUGCUGCCCACACUAAGGUACCCUGGGAGGGGUAGCGAGUGCCCCGCCACAGCUUCGGUCUCAUUGCACUUUAAGACUCUGCAUCUGUGGUUUGCUCCGGCUGGGCCGGCCCUGUGGACGACCCCCAGCUCCCUGAGCCCCUUUGUGCAAGCUGGCUGUCUCCCCAAAACACGGUGCUUGGCCACACUAAGUCACCCCUCGGAACAUGAUGUCCCAGUGCAUCCUGGGCCAGGGUGGUGUUGGGUGGGGCUCUCUCUUGCCUCCUGGGGGGCUGCUGCAGGCUGAGGUUGGUAGGUGGGCCUCCAGAUCCCCCAGUCCACAAGGCCCAGCCGCUGGGCGGCCAGCAAUGCCUCUUGUUCUGCUUGCCUGGUCAGCCUUUCCGGGAAGCGAGGGAGACGCGGAGAGGAGCAGCAGGAGAGAGGGGACGGCUGUGUUUCCUACCUUUACCCUGCACAACUUCCCGAGCCCACCCUGGGAGCCCCCGCCGGCCACAUCACCCCUCAUCAGCUGCAGCAUGGCCAGGGCUCGGGGUGGGGGUGGACGGGCCUCAUUUCUGUUGCAUCUGCAAGCUCUGCAGCCCCUUUGCUGCUCUAGCCUGAGGUGGGGAGACCCGCAGCCCUGAGUUGGCAAUGGUGGAAGGGGGCGCACCUGGGGGGCCACGGGGAUGUCACAUACUGUGGGAUUGUGCAGCCUAAUGGCAGGGGUCUGAGACUGACAGCAGCCCUGGGGCAUCUGAUGGUGACAGAGGCAAGCCCAGGGGUGCGGGCUAGUGACCUGGCUGGGAAUCUCCUCCAGGUGGUUCUCCCAACACUGGCUGUUUCCAACAGGGAGAUGGGCCCCACAACUCUGGGAGCCCCUGCAUCCAUCCAGCUUGAAAUGGGAGGCGCAGGGGCAGGGCUCUGGGUCUGUCCCAGUGAGGACCGAGCUUGACACAGGUGCAGCGCCCUGCCAGGAGGGACCAAAAAAAUUCCCUUGAGACCAGCACCCCCUUGGUUGCCAGCCUGUUGGUCACAGGCUGCCCCCUCCAAUGAGAACUGUGGGCCUGAAGGCAGUGGCCAGCUCUGGGCUCCUGCUUUCCAGGAGGGGAUUCAGCAGGGCUUUGCCGAUGGGCUUGUGGCAUGGAGACACCCAGAGUCCAUGGUCUGUGUAGGAUGGAGCCCACACGGGGGCAACUUGCCAAGCUGCCUGUGUCACCCCUCUCCCGAGCAGCCAGGCCACUGCAUUUCCAUGUGGUCAAGACAGGGCAUAAGUUAUUGUUUGCAUUAAAAAAAAGUCUUGUUCCCUGUGUACAUUUUAAAGGAAGCAAGUGUCUCAGCAUUGUAUGGGAAUAAAAUGUGUUGGAAAAUUUGGAA